AUGGAGAUUACUAAUACUCCUCCUCGAAGUUUUCAGUUUAUUAAGGAACAUGGCCAGAUUUUGAAACAAGGAGUAGAAUAUGAGUGGCUUCCUACUAAAUGCAAGAGUUGUUCAGGGUUUGGGCACUCUAUGGUAGACUGUCAUAAGGAGAAGAAGACUAUUUGGGUGAAAAAAGAAGCUAGUUCUAAAGCUGAAGUCCCAAUGGAACAGUCAAAAGUUUUCAUUGGGCUAAAUGAAGAGGAAUUAGGGGAGCAAGCUGGUGUGUCUGAAGUAGUGGAUCAUACUGAUUCGAUUAUUAGUGCAGCUGCAUUUUCAGGGGAGGACAACUCUGGUCAGAUAAGGGAGUCAAGUAAGGAUGAGGUUUGGCAAACUCCUAGGCGUGUUGCUAUUCAGAGUAGGCAGGGUCCUUUUACUGGUGGCACUUCUAAUCAGGCUGUUCAGACUCAAAGCAGACUAAUCAAUUUGUUGUUCUUUAGGAACAGGUACAUGGUGGUAAGGUUGGGUUUCUUGGAGGUAGUUUUCCUAAUGGAUAAGUGUAAUAUUCUGAGCUGGAACCUAAGAGGGCUGAAUAGUAUAAAUAAACAAAUUUCAGUCCAAGAUGUUUGUAGAAGGAAUAAGAUUGGUAUUGGUGGUUUGUUGGAAACUAAAAUGAGGGGGAAUAAAAUUGGUGAGUUCAUGGAGCAUAAACUUCCUAAUUGGGAGUUUUAUUCUAGUCCGAAAAUUGAGGGUAGACUCUUGAUUAUUUGGAGGAAGGGGAUAGUGCGAAUGUCUGUCUUGGAGGAGUCUCCUCAGACGGUUCACUGUCAGGUUAACUUGGUAGGCCAGAGGGGUAUGUUUUACGUUACCUUUGUCUAUGGUUAUAACGUGCUAGAGAAUAGAAGAAGCUUAUGGCAUGAUCUAACUCGUAUUUCGCUUUUAGUUAAAGCUUGGAUAGUUUUAGGGGAUUUUAAUGCCCCUUUUUCUGGUUUGGAUCGGUCUGGAGGUAAACCUAUAGCAGGUGUGGAGUUGACUGAUCCUGUAGGUUGGCUAGUUGAAGCUAAAAUGGAGGCUAUGAAAAGUAGUGGUUCUUAUUUUACUUGGACUAAUAACCAGGAUGGCUCAGCUAGGAUCUACUCAAAGAUAGAUCAUGUGUUCAUGAAUGAGGAUUGGUUGGACAUGUUUCCUCAAUCUUUGGUUGUUUUCAGUUGGGAGGUGGUCUCAGAUCAUUGCUCUUGUGUGGUGUCUAAUAUUCCUAUGGAGGCUAUGGGAAUCAAACUUUUCAGAUUUUUUAAUUUUUGGACUGGCCAUUCAUCUUUUAAACAGGUUGUUUUGAGUAGUUGGAGGGUCCCUAUAAGAGCUUCUGGUCUUAGAGCAAUCUAUCUUAGGCUUGUGAGGUUGAAGCAUCGUCUUAAGAAGUUCAACAGGGACUAUAUUGGUGAUGUUGGGUGUAACUAUCAGUCGGCUAUGGGGGCUUAUCAAGAUGCUCAAUUUCAAGCCCAAGUGAAUCCUUUUGAUAUCAGGUUACAAUAG